UCUCAAUGGAAUGGCCGAGCAGUAAUGUCCCAUUUGGGGGUAUUUUACACCCAAAAAAAGUCAACUACAGUGAAGAUACAGCGAAAUUUUUAAAAGAAUUAAUAGACGAAAGCAAGCUUUCAAUUCGCCAGAAGGAACGCUUCGAGAACAUAUUAAGGAACGGGGAAGAUUUACCAACCAAACAAAAAAAAAAUACCAAAGACUUGGCCAGCAACACAGAGGUUACCAUAAGACCCGGAAGCCCGCGAAAAAGAACCAUCCAAACCAUUUUGCAUUCCGGCGCUUACGAAAGGGAAAAAUUUGUACCGCAACAUCCAGUCGUUGAUAGAGAAAAGGAAAAGGAAAAAUUACAGGACAUAAUGGCCUUUAACCAAGUUGUGGAGCCCAAGAAGUUCUGGCCUGUGUUCGAUGUGCCAAACGACGAAACGCCAAGGGACGCAAAAAUCAAUAGAUUUGAUCAAUUGGAAAAAGAAAUUUCAGACCGAAAACUCUGGUUGGAGGAAAUGGAGAAGUUGGGAGAAGCCGACCGUUUUCGUUUCAUCAUUAAUCAACAGAUCCAGGGCAAAAUUCGAGAAAUGGAGAAACUGAAAACCGCCAAAAAGUUAUAAUAAACAUUAAAAUCAAAAAUAUAUUCUUCCAAA